CCUGUUUUCACUUAUUACUAGUAAUGUCGGAAUUCGUAUUGAUACAAUUCCAACUUAUUGUCGAUUAUUUAGGCGCAAUUGUGAGCAAAACAAUGAUUUAGUUAGAGAUGAGGAAUAACUGCAGCCUGGCGCUAUGUGCCGCCUAAAGCUAUGGACUCAUACGACCUAUUCGGGGAGGAUGGAGCUGGUAUGUUGGAAGGCCUGCCUGAAUUGGGCUCAGGAGACCAUUUCGAGCCGACGGUGACCGCUUCACGUGAUGCUAACUCUUCAUUUCCACAGCAACAGCAACAACCUUUGUAUUCGACGCACCAAGAAAACCCCUUACAAAAGUUGGCUUCUUUCGGAGCGUCCGAUUUCAGUCAUAUGGAUCCCAACGUACAAAACAUGUACCCCCAAGGCUAUGGUACGGAUCGGCCAAUGGGACCGCCCGGUGGUACGUAUCCUCAUCAACGACAAAUACCCAGGCCUCCUGUACCUCAGGCAGGGUCGACGCAAUACCCAUACCAACCCGAUAAUAUGUAUUCGAUGCCCGAUCAUCAAUUAGGUAUGGGAGACUCUGCCGCUAUGCAAACAGGCUGGGGACAACAUUCGGGAUAUCCGGCAAUGCAUCGUUACAGUCAAAUGGGCGGAUACCGACAACAGACAAUGGGUUACGGCCAUCAACAAGAUCAAAAACAGCAAUUUCCCGCAACUCAGCAUCCUAUGAUGCAACAACCUCAUCAAAGUGGAUAUCCAAUGCAACAGAGACAUACGCCUCAUUAUCCAACCCAGGCGUCAACAUACCCGGGCACGGCGACCCAAGGUUAUGGAGGAUACAUGCAUCAGCGCAUGCCUCACCAUCAUCAGUAUUCUCAAACACAUCAUCAAUUGGAUAUGGGAACUUCGCAGUCACAGCAAUACACUCAUAUGGGACAUGGUCAGGCUCUAGGAACUCACACGACCUCUCAUACAGCGCCUACACCUGGACACAUUCCACCAACACAUCCGGCAAACCAAGUUCACGCUCCUACAAAUCAACAGUCUACUGCUCAAAACCAUAUGACUCAUCCGACUAGCAUGGGUUAUGGUCAGACGCCUCACCAACCGAUGCAACCUACUCUUCAGAGAUCUAUGGAAGCACCUCAAACAAACCAACAACAAUAUGCGCCAAAACAUGCGACAGGGAAUUUGGGAAAUGCAAGUCCCCAGUAUCGGGCACCUUUUCCACAACUUUCUCCCCAGUUAUCAUCACCGAGACCGCAGAUGUCACCCAGACCACCGGCUCCACAAAUGUCACCUAGACCGGUAAUGUCACCGGCUAAGCCCAAUUUGUCUCCCCAUCCACAAAUGCAACAACAAACAUUAAGUCCCAGACCUCCGGCAACUAUAACUCCCAUAUCAACCACUGCCUCGCCAACUCCAAUGCCGCCAUAUUCGCAACAAAGCACCCUGCAGGCAUUGGAAUUAAUGGUUAUGCCAAACGUUAGUUCAAAUAGUACCGAAUACCCACCUUAUCAGUCAAGAAGUUCAAUAGGAUUACCUUCGGGUAGUCAUCCCUCUUCGGCAAACAUGCGAAACCCUAUGACAGACCAAUGGACGCCACACCAACAACGAACGCCGCACAUACCCAAUAUGAGUAGUGGAUUAAACCUAAUGGAUGCCAUUCCUACAAGUCAAGGGCUCCCCCCUACCCAAAACUUACCGCAUUCAAAUACUCUUCCGACGUCGUUGCAACAGAAUACUCAAAAUUUAGGAGUAGGAUUUGGUGGUGAGGAACCAAGGACUGAAAAUAUUCCAAAGCAUACAUCAGUAUCCGACAGUAGUAUACCAAUUGCUACAACACCGGCUGCGUCUACCAAAAAUGAACUUGCUGCUCAAUCGCCAGCUUCUUCAAACGGCUUAGAUAAACCAAGCAGCACAACAAAUAAUAUGGAAAUGAACGCACCUUCGGUUUCACAAUCGUCGUCUCAUCCUUCGACACCAGUACCGUCUUCAACAACGGAUGACAAUAUUCCUUUAAAUCAAGAAACUAGUCUUCCUCCUAAUACUGAAUCAAUAAAAUCGAUGGAGGAUAAUAGUAACAGUAACAGUAGUAACCUUGUACAGGCAACUCAUCACAGUAGUACAACGAAUAGCUUUACAGACUUCUCAAGUGUCUCCAGUAUAACUAGCUACACAAAUCAAAAAUCACACCAUGUGAAAACAAAUAUGGACGAUCUUAUGCCCUCUUAUAAUCAGGAUUGUCCAAUCUCCAAAGAUUCAACAACUCCCAAAUUGCAAAAUUCACCUGCACCACAAUCUCAAUCUCACUUAACAUCAAUUUCAUCUCCUCAAAGUCAAAGUUCUUUAAAUGUUCCUACUUCAUCUCCAUAUGGUUCUCUUCAUAGUACUGCAACUUCACAGAACUUAAACAUGAUGUCCCAUGGUCUAUCAAGUAACCAAAUUGACCCAGGACAUACUAAUCAGUACUCUGUUGGUCAUUUUACCCAAUCAUCAAACACCAUUUCGUCUAAUUCGAUGUCACCAGGCAUACAAAACUUACAUCCUGGAUUGCAACAAAUGCAAAACCAGCAAAUACCUCAUAGUUUAUCAUCAACCCCUACCAGUAUUUCUUCUUCGCAGUCUAUAACAUCUAUUGAUCAAAUGAUUUCAAAAAGUCAAUCAAAUUUGGUAAACAAUGCAGCAACUCCAGGGCACCAACAAUUAACUUCAACGUCUCAAAAUUCUGUGACACCUCCAAUUCAGACACCACAAAGUAUUAACAACCAAAGUCAGAUUUCAAGCGGGCAGAUUCAACCUAGUCAGCCACAGCAAUCAACUGAACAGCAAUUAAAUCAAUCUAGCCAUGCAUCUCUCACUCAAGUAUCUUCUGGCCAAUUGCCCCAUACUCAGAUGGCACCAAAUCAAAUUCCGUCUGGCCAGACACAACCAACACAGCAAAUUCAACCUCCUCAACCAUCAACCGGUCAAGUUCCACCCGAUCAGUCACAAUCGGGACAAAUAAUAGCAGGACAACUCCCACCAGUCCCGGGGCCAAUAGCACAAACGAAUCAGACACCAGUUACCGGUCCAAUUCAUUCAAAUCAAAAUUCGUCUUUACAAACCGCUAACAUAAGUCAUCAUCCUAAUUUAACCAGUAUGGCACACGCACAAACGCCUACUAUGUAUGAUCAAAACAGUAGCAUGAUAGGACCGAACGGCCUUCCUUUAAGUACAUCUAGGGGAUUGACGUCGGGAAUGCCUCCUCAUGUAAUGCCUUUAAAUCAUGCUGGAUUACCGAUGGGAUUAAGUAAUUCUCCAAAUGUGGUUUCAAGUAUGGGACCUGGGCACACUAUACUGCCUAAUCAAGAUAUGGGUUAUCAACCACCCAUAAGUCAUCAUCAAGAAAGAGCUGCCUUACAACAACAGUUGCAAGAACUUUAUUGCAUGCCUCCAGCAUCUGAGAAUCAAGACAAAAUAGCACAUUUGCAAGAAAGACUGUCUAUUUUGGCUCAACAUGAGGCAACCGAUCAAUGUAACGGUGGUCCACAGUGUGUUUUACAAAGUCCUUUAUUUACAUCACCCAUGAUUGACAGUCCUCAAGUAACAAGUACCACUGGCAGAGGUCGAAGUAAGGGCACUCCAAGAACUAAGAAACCUAGGCAGAAGAAAUCAGAUAAAGAAGUUCCACCCGUCCAAACAAUUCCAAGGUCCGGAACACCUCCAAUUAAUAAUAUGGUAAUGCAUCAGCCUCCUCAGACUCCAUUGCCUGUUUCUGAGGAUUGUGUAACUGCUGGAGCAGGCCUUACCAUUUCCAACAACGAAAUUAAUGAUUUGGGUGCUGAUCCAAUUACUGACGAAAACGAUUUUGAGUCACAAAAGAAAAUAAAAGGAACUAAAAAACGAGAACCAAAAAAAACGAAAGAACCUAAAGAGCCGAAAAAGCCGAAAGAACCAAAAACUCCAAAAGAAAAAAAGAAGAAGGAACCUAAAGAGCCGAAAGAUUCAAAAACAAAACGGAAGUAUAUUCGAAAGAAAAAAUCAGAUGAUGAUACUGGUUCUGCCACUGAAGAGUCAUUCAAUAAAUCGUUAGAUAGUGGUGGCGAAGAAAAUUUGCCAAUGCCAAGUGACGUAUUCGAGCCAUCGGAACCUAACAAAAGUGCAGAAGAAAAGAAGGAGUCAGUAGAAGUCGGCGAUAAUUUACCAGAAUCCACGGAGGACACCGAAUGUAUGCAAGCAGACUCGUCUCAAACUCUAACCGAAAACGCUUUAGACGAGAACGUAGAAUCAGAAUCUAAGAAAGACGAAUACAAUUUCGAAGAUCAAUCAAGUUCCAACGAGGCAGAGAUAGAAAAAUUCAAAAGAAUUCCAAAACGCAGUCGUCCUACAGUCAAAAAAGUUGUAUCUUCAAAGGCUCGCAGUUCAAGGAAUAGUAAUAGAAGUCGCAAGCGGAAAGGACAAAUGCAAUUGAUGGAUUCCGAUGGGGAGGAAGACUUAGCAGCGACUCCACCACCGUCUCCUCCAGACGAUCCUGAAAGUGCAACUCAUAAAAGACGAUCGGCUCGUAAUACCCAACGCAAGAAAUAUAUCGAUGAUGUUAUGUUACGAUUUUCUGACGAUGAAUCGCCUGCAACUUCUAAAAGUAAAAAGUCAUCUAUUACGACGCCGCCGGCUCCUAAUUCUCAACCUUCGACCCCGAUUAUGCCAAAAGAUAGUGAUAAGGAAACCGAAACACCCUCUGCUGAAACAGCCAAUAAACCCAAUUUUGUUUACGUUAACACAACCGAUGAAGAUGCCAUGGUUGUACAGUACGUUCUUGCUUCAAGAAUGGCGAAAAGAGAAAAGAAAAUUAGUGAACUCAACAAGGAAGAAGUACAAGACAAAAAAGAUGACGAAGUCAAAGAAGAAGACCAACCUGAAUCUAUCGAAAAAGAAGAUAAAAAAGAAGAGGAGGACGAGGAUAAUAAAGAAAAAGAAGAAAAUGUUGAGCAAACGGAAAAAACAGAAAAUAUCGAAACGGAUAAUAUUAAAAACGAAACAGUAGUCCAAGAAAUUGUUACUAUGGACGUUGAAGAAUAUUACGUUAAGUAUCGAAAUUUUUCUUAUUUACACUGUGAAUGGAGAACUGAGGAAGAACUUUAUAAAGGAGAUAAACGAAUUUCGAAUAAAAUAAAACGAUUUAAGCAGAAACAACAACAACAAAUGAACAUUUUUGAAAGCUUGGACGAAGAACCGUUCAAUCCUGAUUAUAUGGAAGUAGAUAGAGUUUUGGAUGUUGCAGAGCAUACUGAUCCGAAUACACAAGAAAAAAUAAAGCAUUAUUUGGUCAAAUGGCGUGCCCUACAAUAUGAAGAUAGUACAUGGGAAUUAGAAGAAGAUGUGGAUCCUCUUAAAAUUCAACAAUUUGAGAAACAUAGGGCUCUUCCUCCAAAAGAAAAGUGGAAACCGAAGAAAAGACCUCACCCUGAUUCGUGGGUAAAAAUGGAAAAAUCUCCUGUUUACAAAGGUGAAAACGUACUACGAGAAUAUCAACUGGAAGGACUUAACUGGCUUUUAUUUUCGUGGUACAAUGGAAGAAAUUGUAUAUUAGCUGACGAAAUGGGAUUGGGAAAAACAAUUCAGAGUUUAACAUUUAUACAUGCAGUGCAUGAACAUGGAAUAAGAGGACCUUUUCUUAUUAUAGCGCCACUUUCGACGAUACCAAAUUGGCAAAGGGAAAUAGAGUCAUGGACAGACAUGAAUGUAGUUGUCUACCAUGGCUCUUCUGCCAGUAGAAAUAUGAUUCAAGAGUAUGAAAUGUUCUACAAAAGUGAGAAAGGUCAAAUUAUUAAAGACCUGACAAAAUUUAAUAUUUUAAUUACCACAUUUGAAAUUAUAGUGACAGACUUUGCAGAAUUGAAAGGUUUCAAUUGGCGUUUGUGCAUUAUUGACGAAGCCCACAGAUUAAAAAACCGAAACUGUAAAUUACUAGAAGGUCUUCGACAAUUGACUUUAGAACACAGGGUUCUGUUGUCUGGUACACCAUUACAAAAUAAUGUUAACGAACUAUUUUCUUUAUUAAAUUUCCUCGAACCUGCUCAGUUUCCAAGCAACGAUGCCUUUUUACAAGAAUUCGGUCAACUAAAAACUGAACAAGAAGUUAGUAAACUUCAGUGUGUUUUAAAACCGAUGAUGUUGAGAAGAUUAAAAGAAGAUGUUGAGAAAUCACUUGCGCCAAAAGAAGAAACUGUUGUUGAAGUAGAGUUAACGAACAUUCAGAAGAAAUAUUACAGAGGUAUUCUUGAAAGAAAUUUUUCAUUUCUUCAAAAGGGGACAACACACGCUAACAUACCAAAUCUUAUGAAUACAAUGAUGGAACUUCGAAAAUGUUGUAUACAUCCCUAUCUAUUGAACGGAGCCGAAGAUCAGAUCCAAUAUGAUUUUAAAGUACAACAUGGAGAAGACCCAGACGCAUACUACAAAGCUUUGAUAAACUCAAGCGGUAAAAUGGUUUUAAUAGAUAAACUUUUGCCAAAAUUGAAAGCAAACGGACAUCGUGUUUUGAUAUUCAGUCAAAUGGUACGUUGUCUUGACAUUUUAGAAGAUUAUCUCAUGUAUAAAAAGUACUCAUUUGAACGAAUAGACGGCAGAAUCAGGGGCAAUCUUCGACAAGCAGCAAUCGAUAGAUUUUCUCGGCCGGAUUCUGACAGAUUUGUUUUCUUACUUUGUACUAAAGCAGGAGGAUUGGGUAUAAAUUUGACCGCAGCUGACACUGUAAUAAUAUACGACAGCGACUGGAAUCCCCAAAAUGACUUACAAGCUCAAGCGAGAUGUCAUCGAAUUGGCCAACAAAAAAUGGUUAAAAUUUACAGACUACUGUGUCGUAACACCUACGAACGUGAAAUGUUCGAUAAAGCUUCUUUGAAACUAGGUUUAGAUAAGGCUAUUUUACAAAGCAUGAACACAUCUCAAGGAGGCAAAGAUUCAAGUAAUAGACAAUUAUCGAAGAAAGAAAUUGAAGAUUUGUUAAAGAAAGGCGCUUACGGCGCUUUGUUAGAUGAGGAGAACGAUGGGGAUAAGUUCUGUGAAGAAGACAUUGACAUGAUUUUGGCAAGACGUACUCAAGUUAUCACGAUGGAAUCAGAAAAAGGUUCGACAUUUUCCAAGGCCAGUUUUGCUUCCAGUGCAAACCGAUCCGAUAUAAAUAUAGACGAUCCCGACUUUUGGAAUAAGUGGGCGAAAAAGGCAGAAAUAGACACAACCGAAAAAGAUGAAACAGAGGAAUUGGUGCUUUCGGAGCCACGAAGACGAACCCAAAUUAAACGUUAUGGACAUGAAGAUAACGCUAUAGACAUGUCUGAACUUGAAUCUUCAUCUGAUUCAGACGCUGACGGCGAAGGCAUGUCUCUAGGACUAAGAGGGCGCAGAAAUAAGAAAUUAAAGAAGAAAGUACGGAUUGAUGAUUAUAUACCAAGAGAAGGCGAACGGGGAGAAAUUGUAUAUGGAAGCUGGGCUCGACGUGAGUGCUUUGUGGUUGAGAGAGGGUUACUAACAUUUGGAUGGGGAAGAUGGAAAGAAAUUCUAGAUCAUUCCCAGUUAAGGAAAGGGUGGAAAGAAUCAGAUAUUGAAGACUGCGCCAGAGUGAUUCUCUUGUACUGCUUACGUUUUUACCGUGGAGAUGAGAAAAUCAGAAGUUUCAUUUGGGAUCUAAUCACUCCAUCUGAAAACGGAGAAGAAUUAAAAAUAACCAGAAAUCAUCACGGUUUAAAGGAUCCCGUUCCUCGUGGCAUACGAAAUAAAAAUAAGAAAAAGAAGGAAAACAGACAUGCUGCACUAACUGAUCCUAAUCAUUGGAGCAAAAGUGAAAAAUACGAUGGGGACAUUUUCUUGGAAAAUAAUUACAAAAAGCAUCUUGGACGUCAUGCUAACAAGGUUCUUCUUCGUGUAAGGAUGUUAUACUACAUCAAACAUGAAAUUAUAGGUGAUUUGGUACAACACAUAGCUGAUGGCGUCCAUGUAAGUGCCCUGCCGAUAAACCCUCCUGUUACGGAGCAAUUGCCUUGCGAAUGGUGGGACGCAGAGUGUGACAAGUCGCUGCUAGUGGGCACAUGGAAACACGGCUAUGAAAACUAUACCGAGAUGCGUGCUGAUCCCACCCUAUGUUUCCUGUCCCGUUGUGGUCCGCCCUCUGCUCGAGAACUCCAGCUGGCUUCUAACAUGCAACCCCCCACGCCUGCACUUAAUGAAGAUGACCUCGAUGAUGACGAUGCUGCUGAAGAAUCGAGCAUUAAAUCGAUAAAAAAUAGAGAUGUUUCGGAGGUAAAUUCAGAGGGUGCAGAACCAUCUCCAGGUCCAUCCGCUUCGUCAGAAACCGUACCAUCGGAACCAACAGAUGAAAAGAACUUUGAGGAUGGCGAUGAUAAACUAAUGUGGCCGGGAGUCACUGACUUAAACACUCGCUUAAGACGAGUCAUUACUUCUUACCAAAGAAAUUAUCGGAAGGAAGAACAACAAAAAAUGACCACUAAACCCAAGUAUAAUUUCAUGCAGCCUGCUAAUUUGGAAAAUGCGCUUUCGUCGCCUUUAGCAGCCUUGGCACAAGUAUCUCAGCAACUAGAACACAGAGAUUCCCCAUCUCUUACCAUGCCAGGCUGGGAUCUACAACAGCUGGCCCUCUAUUUGCUGAAAAUGGAACGUCAAGGAAAACAGUUGGAACAAGUAUCCCGUGAUAAAGAACGGCAAACCAUUUCGAAACGCUGGACGAAAAGAGAAGAAGCCGAUUUCUUUCGCGUUGUUUCUUCUUACGGAGUCAAUUACUACCGCAAAAAGAAAGCCUACGACUGGACAAAGUUCAAACAACUUUCGAAACUAGAAAAGAAAUCAGACGAUGAGCUGACAGAAUACUACAAAAGUUUUGUUGUUAUGUGCAAGAAACAAACAGGCGCAAAAGUGGAUGAAGAAACAUAUGAUACAACCAUAGAACAUAUUAACGAAGAAAAGGCCAGGAGAACACUGGAACGUUUAGAGUUGCUUUCGAGGAUAAGGGAGGAGGUUGUCACGCACCCAAAGUUGGACGAAAGAUUGAAAGUUUGCCAAACAUCCGCAGACAUGCCGGAAUGGUGGGUGCCUGGUAAACACGACAAAGACCUGCUUCUGGGUGUUGCCAAACAUGGCCUUGGAAGAACAGACUAUUACAUUCUUAACGACCCAGAGCUAUCUUUUCAAGAGAUCUUACGCAAAAAAGUUGGAAAUUGUGUGGAAUCUUCUGAAAAUAAAGACGCUAUUAAACUGGAAAGUCACGAAGACAUUUUAAAAUUUGACAAAAACGAAAUCCUUGUAAAACUGGAAAAGGGAGAAGGCACACUUAAGAUAGAAAAGGUAAAUGUGAAAAAGGAUCUACCUGAGGACAAAGAAAAGAAAAAGGAGGAAAACAAAAUAGAAUUGAAAUUAGUUAAGAACGAAUCAAUUGAAGGCGAAAAGGAUUCAGAAGAAAAGGAAGAGAAACCCAAAGAAGAAAAGGAAUCUAAAGAAAAUGAAGAAAAGCAUUCAGAAGGGGAAGAAAGUGUAUCAGAUGCUCCAAAAAAAACUGAAACCGAAGAACAAACUAAAAAGGAUAAUAAAGUUGAUGUUACAACUGCCGGUGACCAUGAAAAACCACCGGCUAAACAAGAUCAAUUUGAGAAAGUUUCGAAAAAAGAGGAAACCGAUGCCGAUCUAUGUGCAAAACAAGCCGCCGAACUAAAGGCUAUGUUUCCCGAUCUAGAAGUGAUUCAACCUCUCUCGAGGCUAUCACAAAUCGAUACAUUUGUUUUGCAAGAUAAGCAAGGCACAGGGGCUUUGGAUUUCAGCGAGACAACGGUAGCACAACUUUUUAACAAUGCAGUCAAAUGGCCAAGAGAAUACGCAUUACAAGUCCGUCUUCAACAUAUUAUCUAUGCAAUCGAAACAAAAGAAUGGCCGGCUUCAAAGACAUUUUCUGCAUACGCCAACGGUAUUGGACCGGAAUUCGACGUUCCUAUACAUGAAGUACCGAACGAACCGCCGCCAAAACGUGAAACGUCCACGCCAAUGUCUUCAGUUGGCGAUUCGGAAAUAAUCACUAUUACUACUGACAGCCUGAACCGUAAUAAUGCAAAUAGUAAAAAACGAAAGCGUCAUAUUGCAAUCGAUGUUGAAACUGAACGAGCGAAAUUGCAUGCGUUACUUAACAGCAGUCAUGGAAAUUUGGCAUCAGUGAAAACAACAACGGGAAAUGCAGCGUCUUCUACCUGGGCUGACAAUGACGAUUCGGAAGAUUCGCGCAGAUCUACGCCCAUUUCGCAGCAUUUGCAACCUCCUCCUGCUCACCAGCAAACAACCCGUGUACUAAGUAUGCCCUACGACCUUAAAUACCACACACCAAAAACAAUCGGACAAACAUCAGUUAUACCGGGGACAAGUAGUACACUCACUCCAAUUGAUCUUAGCUCAGGAAUGCCGAAAACAAAUUUAUUAGAAGUACAAAAGACAUCUAACUCUACUAGCCAAGAUAUUCAAAAUGAAGUCCAGGACUUCUCAUUGAAAAAGAACGUAAAUCCUUCUACCAGUUUAACAGCCCCAACUUUAAAAAGCAGUGGAAAUAAAUUAGAUGAUACUCUUUUCAAACUUAUGAAACGAAAAAAUUGCCCGAUUGAAGAACCAGUUGUGGGUAAAGAGAAAAAACGUCGUAAAUUGGAUGAAAUUGUACUAGGUUUAUCGGCAGCCAAAGAACAAUCAUUAUUUCCUGAAACAUCAAAGAAACCAUCAAUUUCUCCUAGUGUAACAGUUACACCAACAUCUGCACCACUUUCGACGUCACAUGCGCCACCAGUUUCGCAACAAAAACCGUUUUCCAUUACAGUGACUUCAUUACCAUCUCCCGCAGCUCAAAGAAAUACGGGCACCCCCAAUCUUAAAUCGCCUCUGUCUACCUCCCUUUCAAGUACUCUUACUAAAGAUAGCUUCCAAAGCUUUUUAGCCCAAGCAGAGCAGCAAAAUUUCUUACUCAAGAAACAUCAACAACAACAGCAAAAAAGUUACGAAGCAAUGAUAACGGAUAUGAACAAAGUGGCGGAUUUCAGUUCUAAAAUUAACUCUUAUUCACACGAAGCGAAAGUAAAUAAAUGGCUGGCGGAACAGAACGUAGCUGCUGCAGUAGCUGAACAACCCUUCGUAGCUGAUUAUCUGUCUGCACCAAGAAGGCGAAGACCGCGCGUCGACCCGUCUCUUCUCGAUUGGAAGAAACUUACCGGUGAUGAAAACGUCUCUGUUAUUCAUCGAGUGACCGGCAAGAAAUUGACAGGGCCCAAAGCUCCGACCCUAAAAAGAUUGGGACAAUGGUUAAUGGAAAACCCAAUGUAUGACAUAGAUCCGAAAUGGUCUGAACUAGUUAAAGAACGCGGUAAUCUUAGUCACGACUUGCAAAAACGUUUACCGGCACAGCAGAAAAAGUCUGCGCCUGGGAGACCGCCGAUGCUUUCUAGUCCUUCGGGCAGUAACACAAAUCUGCAAUCGUCUAUGUCAUCUGCGUUACAAUUUCCUUCUUUGGCUGGUCUUAAUCCAAAUCUUCUUUCUGGGCUUUCGGGUCUAGGCCAAUUCGACCCAAAAAAUCCACUUUUCGAUCCGAAAAACAAUCCUCUUUUCGACCCCAAAAACAAUCCGCUGUUUGACCCAAAGAACAGUUCUCUUUUUGAUCCCAAGAAUAGUCCUCUGUUUGAUCCAAAGAACAGUCCACUUUUUGAUCCGAAAAAUCCACUGUUCGAUCCGAAAAAUAACCCACUAUUUGAUCCGAAAAACACUCUAUUAAUGCCGUUUGCAGCGGGAAUGCCAAAUGUAAAUGCUCUGAAUUCAAUGGCCGGACUCGGCAACUUGGGUAAUAUGAACUUGUUCGCAAACUUAGCGGGUCUCGGUCUUCCAAAUUUAGCCGGACUCGAUCCCGUAACUUUAGCUGCCACUGAUCCAACAAAAGUGAAGUCGUCAAGUGGAAGUUCAUCAGAGAAAAACAAGAUGCAAAAACCUAUGGAAGCGCACGGUGGUGGUGGUGGGAAUUCAUCUUCGAAUAAACCAUCAGCGUCUUCUGGAGGCGGUGGGGGAGCAGGAGGAGGUGGGGGGUCGUUACCCACUUCCUCGCCCUUCCCAUUCUUUUUCCCGAAUCCAAGUCUGCUGUACACUCCACUUGGUUUAGGUGGUUUGAACCCUUUCGCAUUGCAGCCUGGUAUGACUGCUGCAUACGACACCUUGGCACAACAGUGCGGACUAUUAAACGGCAGUUUAGGAUCUACGGCAGCAUCACCAAGUUCUCAUGGUAAAUCUAAACAACCACCGUCGUCGACGUCAGCUGGCAGCUCUUCCAAGGGCCCAUCGGUUACUUCUACAGCGACGAUAUCGUCCAGUCACAGCACUGCAAAGUCGCCGAGGCCACGAAGUGACACACAGUUACACAACCUUCUCUUGCCGCCCGACACGCAACUGCUUGAAAGUAUCUCAAAGGUGGCCGGAAACUUGGACGCGUCCAUAAAACAACAAAUGAAACUUGAUAGGAGAGACGAAAAACAAAAGGCUUUCGACAACCAACAAAAAACAUUAGAACACUUACGAGGCAUGUUGCCAACAGAUUUUAUGAUGGCACCCGAUAAGUUAAAAGGAAUGAAAGAUAUACCCACUUUUGCCGAUUUCAGUAAAUUCCUUGAAGUUAGCCAACAUUUGAGUGGAGGCCCAUCCAUGGCAGCGGCCGUGGUGCCCUCUAAGAAGUCGCGAGAACAGGAAAUGAAGGAAGCUCUUGAAAAAUUGAGUAAAAACAAUUCGGAAUUACUGGCUAGAACUGUACCUGAUGAACAACAAAGGCUCAUGCCUUCUAGCUCAAACAAGAGACAAAGAGAAUCCGUUCCAAAAGAAGUACCUGAGAAUCUUAGUUACAGCAAAGAAGAUGACCUCAAUCCAUCGAAACGACUUAAGGAAUCACGGGACAGAGAAACUCCUAAUCUUCCCACCAUGGUCGCUGUGUCAUCUGCUUCUUCAACGCUUUUACCGCCGACAACAAUGGCAACCGCAGUGGAUAUAGAAACCCUAUUACCACCCUCUACCGUCGUAAAAUGUUCACCGGGGAGUUCCCCUGUAAAGGACGACAACAAACAAUCAGAAAAUGCCAUCCCUCAAAAUUUAGAGGACAGUCAACAACAGCUGCAGCAGUCAGCCGAUACGAAACUAUCUGAGAGUGAAAAUACGGAGACCGCUGCACUUCCUCCUCCAUCGUCAUCCUCACAAUCGCCACCCUUGUCUCAAAUUGAUGGAACUAUUUCUAAGACGUCGGAAGAUAAGGAACAGUCUUCAGAAACGCAACAACGAAGUAAUGAGACCGGUGCCAACGAGGCUACCGAAACGCCAGCUAAAGGUAAAAAAAGGACGAGGGGUAAACGUAGAUCAGGCGAGAUAAUCUUAGAUCCGGAAGGUGUUAUCGAACGAAAGAAUUUAAGGUCGAGUGCGAGUAGGUCAGCGGCAAUAGCUGCAGCCAGAGCAGCCUCUGCAGAACAGAAACAGUUGGAAGCAGCGGCGGAGAAUGCGCAAAAGAACCAGGAGCAAAACGAUGCAUCGUAAUCAUAAAAGUGCUUGGUGUCUGUCAGUUUGUGUGUGCGUGUGUAUUAUAAUCCAGUAGAUGUUAGUGAAACUGCUCUUUAUUUUGUCUUUUUAAAAGGAAAGUCAAAUGGUAAUUAAUUUGUGGGUAUUUGGUGAACUCUGUGAUACAUUAAAUUGACACUGAUCUAUAGAGAAAUUUUGUGCGAUGUCGGACGCUCUCGUGCGAAGGUCUGGGACGACACCCAUUUUUAGGAAUUAGUAUUGCUUUAUUAUUAUUAUCAUUAAAAACAUUGACGAACUGAAUUUAUCAUUACGCUUGACAGAUGUAUUUCCAAAUAUUAAUAAUGAACAUCAUGUAGUUAGAAUCAUCGUGUAAUCAAAUUGCAAAUCGAAACAGUUAACAUUUUUUGUUUUUUUACAUUUUAUUUAUUGUGCACAUUUUUUUCUAUUAGCGUGAAUGCUUAAUUUUAUUUU